AGUGGAGAUAAUCGACAAGAAGCAAAGUAUACUAUGACGGAUAAUAAUACAGAAGAUAAAUAUGCACUUCACGAGGCCAUUCGUCAGGGGAAGACUUUGUUGGCUAAGCAUAUGAUCGAUACGGAUGCCAAACAGAUUCUUAUAAAGGACGAUGAUGAUAGAAGUCCAUUACAUUGGGCAUGUUCAAUGAAUAAUUUAGAACUUGUAGAGUAUAUAAUCAAGCCACGUCCAACAAUAAAGAAUCUUGAUAUUGAUGAGAUGGAAGAUGCCGGAGGUUGGACCCCAUUGCAUAUUGCUGCCUCAGUAGGGAAUUUAUCGAUAUUUGAAUUAUUAGUAACAAAAUUAGAUGCUGAUGUUAAUGAAACUACAAGUACAGGUGUUGCUCCAAUACAUUUAGCAAUAAGUAAGAAUCAUUAUGAUAUAGUAAAACGGUUAGUUGAAGAUUUUAAAGCCUCAUGUCGAGUUAAAGAUAAGAAAGGGUUUACUCCACUUCAUCGAGCUGCAGCUAUUGGUUCUCAACCUAUUAUAAAAUUAUUGGUUGAAAAGGGUAAGGUCAAUAUUAAUGCAAAAGAUAACGAAGGUUGGACUGCCUUGCAUCAUGCAUUAGCCGAGGGUCAUGGUGAUGCCGGUGUAUUACUAGUAUCAUUAGGAGCAGAUGCAACUAUUGAAAACGUUGAUGGCGAUACACCGAUAAAAGUUGCAGUCGAUGAAAAAGUAGCUAAGUAUUUCAAAGAUCAUAUCUGAUAUUUGAAAAGUAAACAAAACAUAACAAACGAAAAUAUGAAACGAUGAAACGAAUUAAAUUUUAUUACGAUUCAAAAAGUACAUAAAAGAUUAACAUAGCAUAGUAAUUAGGAAUAAAUG